AUGUCAACAACGGCCACAACUCUCAAGGGUCAGCCCCUUGACAAGCAGUCGCUAGACUCGCUCCUCCGGCGGCGUCUGUUCUACACGCCCUCGUUCGAAAUCUACGGCGGUGUUUCUGGCCUUUACGACUACGGCCCGCCGGGCUGUGCGUUGCAGGCGAACAUCGUGGACACAUGGCGCAAACACUUCAUCCUGGAGGAGGACAUGCUCGAGGUUGACUGCACGGUGCUGACACCGCACGAGGUGCUUAAGACCAGCGGCCACGUGGACAAGUUUGCAGACUGGAUGUGCAAGGACCCCAAGAGCGGCGAGAUCUUUCGCGCCGACCACUUUGUGGAGGAGAUCCUGGAGCAGCGUCUGAAGGGCGACAAGGAGGCCCGCGGCCAGAAGCAGGAGGAGAAGGCUGAGGACCCGAAGAAGAAGAGGAAGAUGAAGGGUAAGGGGCAGGAGGCAGUCCGGCUGGACGACGCCGUCGUGCAGGAGUACGAGGAGAUCCUGGCUCAGAUCGACAACUUCGGCGGCGAUGAGCUCGGUGCGCUGGUCAAGAAGUACGAUCUGCGGAACCCGGCCACGGGCAUCCAGCCCGAGCCGCCUGUUGCGUUCAACCUCAUGUUCGGUACUCAGAUCGGUCCCAGCGGCGGUCUCCAGGGCUAUCUAAGGCCCGAGACGGCACAGGGCCAGUUCCUCAAUUUCUCCAAGCUGCUGGAGUUCAAUAUGCAGUCGAUGCCGUUCGCAUCAGCAUCUAUUGGCAAGUCCUACCGCAACGAGAUCUCGCCACGCGCCGGCCUGCUCCGGGUGCGAGAGUUUUUGAUGGCCGAAAUCGAGCAUUUCGUCGAUCCUGAUGGCGGCAAGAAGCACCACCGCUUCCACGAGGUAGAGGACGUCGAGCUGGUGCUGCUGGACCGCGACACACAGCUUUCCGGCAAGACGACGCCCAAGACGAUGUCUAUCGGCAAGGCGGUCAAGGAGGGCGUGGUCGACAACGAGACGUUGGGCUACUUCAUUGCACGCAUCCACCUGUUCCUCAAGAGAAUCGGCGUGGACAUGUCCAAAGUCCGGUUCCGGCAGCACAUGGCUAACGAGAUGGCUCACUAUGCCACGGACUGCUGGGAUGCCGAGUUGCAGACAUCAUCCGGCUGGGUGGAGUGUGUCGGCUGCGCCGAUCGCAGCGCGUAUGAUCUGACUGUGCACGCAAAGAAGACGGGCGCGCCACUGGUGGUGCGGCAACGGCUGGAGACGCCAAAGGUUGUGGAGGAAUGGACGCUGGAGAUCGACAAGAAGAAGUUCGGCCCGCGGUUCAAGAAGGACGCCAAGGCAGUCGAGACGGCCCUGCUGGCACUGUCGCAGGAGCAGCUGGAGACGCUGGCCAAGGAGCAGAAGGAGAAGGCAUCGAUCUCUGUGGACGUUGCGAGUGUUGAUGGCGGCAAGGUCGAGCUGGCCAACGAGCUGGUGACCAUUGCGUGGACGAAGCGGACUGAGAACGUGCGCGAGUUCACGCCCAACGUGAUUGAGCCGUCGUUUGGCAUUGGUCGGAUCCUAUACUCUCUGCUCGAGCACAACUACUGGUCUCGAGGCGCAGAGGGUGGCGACGAAGCACGGGGUGUUAUCUCGUUUUCGCCGGCCGUUGCACCAACCAAGGUGCUGAUUGUGCCGAUCUCUUCCAAGGACGAGUUCAAGCCCGUGGUUCGCGAUCUCUCGCAGAAGCUGCGCUCGUUGGGUCUUGCCAGCCGUGUGGAUGACUCGACUGCAAGCAUCGGCAAGCGGUACAGCCGCAACGACGAACUGGGCACGCCGUUUGGCAUCACGAUUGACUUCCAGACGAUCAAGGACGGCUCGGUCACGCUGCGUGAGCGUGACUCGACGCGCCAGGUGCGUGCCGACGAGGCGACAAUCCUGGCUGCGGUUCAGUCGCUGGUGCGUGGCGACAAGACGUGGCAGGACAUCCAGGCAGAGCUCCCGGCUUUUGAAUCCCAAGAGGUCGAGGUGGCCAUCCGCUAA